GGAGUCACAAAUCACAUUGAGCCAAAAAGCAGCCAGUGUUUUCUGCAGUUACAAACAAAAUGAAUAUUCCCAUGCUACUGCAACAUUCUCACCAGCGUUUCCUAAAAGACCUUUUAAGAACACCUUUCCGUCGUUACCACUUCAUCUUUCACUCAAGUACUCAUCUCGGAUCAGGAAUCCCUUGUGCUCGGCCAUUUAAUUCUCUUGGACUCCAUUGUACAAAAUGGAUGUUGUUGUCAAAUGGUUUAAAGAGAAAAUUAUGUGUACAAACAACCUUAAAGGAACACACAGAAGAACUUUCUGAUAAAGAACAAAGAUUUGUGGAUAAACUUUAUACUGGUUUAAUCCAAGGGCACAGGGCCUGCUUAGCAGAGGCCAUAACUCUUAUAGAAUCAACACACAAGAGGAAAAAAGAGUUAGCCCAGGUGCUUCUUCAAAAAGUAUUAGUCUACCACAGAGAACAAGAACAAAUAAAUAAAGGAAAACCACUAGCAUUUCGAGUGGGAUUAUCUGGGCCCCCUGGUGCUGGAAAAUCAACCUUUAUAGAGUAUUUUGGAAAAAUGCUUACUGAGAGAGGGCACAAAUUAUCUGUGCUAGCUGUGGACCCUUCUUCUUGUACUAGUGGUGGAUCACUCUUAGGUGAUAAAACCCGAAUGACGGAGUUAUCAAGAGAUAUGAAUGCAUACAUCAGGCCAUCUCCUACCAGCGGUACUUUAGGAGGUGUGACAAGGACCACAAAUGAAGCUAUUCUGUUGUGUGAAGGAGGGGGAUAUGACAUCAUUCUUAUUGAAACCGUAGGUGUGGGCCAGUCGGAGUUUGCCGUUGCGGAUAUGGUUGACAUGUUUGUUUUACUACUGCCACCAGCAGGAGGAGAUGAAUUGCAGGGUAUCAAAAGAGGUAUCAUUGAGAUGGCAGACCUGGUGGCUAUAACGAAAUCUGACGGAGACUUGGUUGUGCCUGCUCGAAGGAUACAGGCUGAGUAUGUGAGUGCACUGAAGUUACUCCGCAAACGCUCAGAAGUCUGGAGAUCAAAGGUAAUUCGUAUCUCCGCCAGAAGUGGAGAGGGCAUCACUGAAAUGUGGGAUAAGAUGAGAGAGUUCCAGGACCUCAUGCUCGCCAGUGGGGAGCUGAUGGCCAAGCGGCAGAGGCAGCAGAAAGUUUGGAUGUGGAAUCUCAUUCAGGAAAGCGUGUUAGAACAUUUCAGGACCCAUCCCACUGUCCAGGAACAGAUUCCUGUUCUGGAAGAAAAGGUUCUCAGUGGGGCCCUGUCCCCAGGACUAGCAGCAGAUGUGUUGUUGAAAACUUUUAAAAGCAGAGGCUAAGGAAAUUUAUCCUAUGCAAUGAUUUUAUAUACCAUUUCGUAAAGUAUUUUAAUAUUAAAAGUCACUUGAAUGCUUAUAUUUUCAGUAAUUCUUUUGUGCUGCCCUCGGCCUCGUUUGUGAACCGUGCUUGAAAAGUGGAAGAAUGUUAGAUAUGGCCGGCAAAGGUCAGGGCCCAGGCAGUAUUUACAAGAUACCUGUUACAUGUUACUGAUUUACACUUCUUUCUGUUCUUAUACCCUGGCAUGGUAGCUGGUAGGAGAGUUCCUUCUCAUCAGUCACAAGCAGAGAAGGCUGAUGAGAACGGAAAAAGCUUAUGUACCUUAAAAUGUUUUCUUUGAUUCUAUAUUCUGAGUUUCCAGAGAAAAUGUAAGCAAGAGUGACCACAUGUCUAAAUUCUUACUUCAGGCCAGAAUCACACACAGUGGGUUUCUAGGAGCUGAAAAUCAUGACUGAUAUUUAGUGUACCAGACUAUUCUAGGAAUAUCUGAAAUGGCCAUGUACAUGAGUAACAAAACAAGUAGAAUGUGUAGUGAUGUGAGUAGUUUUAAAGUCUACUUGUCUAGACUUGUGGACCACCCCCAUGAUAGGUAGGAGAGCCCAAAGGGAGCUGGGAGAAAUCAGCUGCAAAUCAUGUAGCCCAUUAAUCCCCAAGAAUUGGAGGACACCCUCAAAGGACCCAAGUGAGGUCACAAAGAUUCAAGGGUUAUUCAGUUUGACUAUUAUCGAAGACUUUUGCUUCUCUUCCUCCUUGGUCAUUUGACUUCAUAUUAGCAUCUUAAAAAUCUGCCUUACUCCUGAUGAGGAGGAACAAGUUUUGUUUCCAGAGGAGGCAUGGCACAGACCUUGGGUUCUAGGGUUGAACUGGGUGGGUCUAAACUUUCAACAUAGAUCAGUCACUCAUUAGCUGUUUCAGUUUGGACAAAUAGCCUACCUCUGAGCGUCAGUUUCUUCCCUGCUAAAAGAGAACUGACAUGUUAACUUUAUAGGGUUGAUGAGGAUAAAUAAGAUAACUCAGGAGAAUAUUUUUGCUACCGUAGUGGUACAUAGGAAAUACCCAGAGGCUGCUUGCUAUUAUUAUUAUGUUAGUUAUAAAUACCUGAAGCUGUAUAAGUCUUCUAUGUACGUUGAAUUUUCUCUCAUGGUCUUAUGACUACCAUCAUGCUCUUGUGAUAUUUUAUGAUUGUCUUUAAGGUACCUGCUGUAGUUAAUUCCUUGAAUAUAUUUUACACAGUUUGAUGGUAAUUAUAAGUAUGUACAUUUGAAUAAAAUUAUU